GGUGGAGGAAACUUUGGAAACGGGGGAGGGCCUGGUUCCAACUUUGGGGGUGGAAGUGGGGGGAGCUUUGGAAAUGGCGGUGGUGGCCCAGGUUCCAACUUUGGGGGUGGAAGCGGUGGAAGCUUUGGGAAUGGAGGUGGUGGCCCAGGUUCCAACUUUGGAGGUGGUGGUCCGGGUUCCAAUUUUGGAGGUGGAAGUGGAGGGAAUUUUGGCAAUGGAGGUGGUCCGGGUUCGAACUUUGGUGGUGGAAGUGGAGGGAAUUUUGGCAAUGGAGGAGGUCCGGGUUCUAACUUCGGUGGUGGAAGCGGAGGAAAUUUUGGCAAUGGAGGUAGUCCGGGUUCUAACUUUGGUGGUGGAAGCGGAGGGAGUUUUGGCAGUCCUGGAGGGAACAUCGGCAGUGGAGGAGGCAGCGGAAUUGGUGGUGGAAGCGGAGGGAGUUUUGGCAGUCCUGGAGGGAAUAUCGGCAAUGGAGGAGGCAGUGGAAUUGGUUUUGGUAGCCCGAAUGCCGGCGGAGGUGAUGCGUCUGGGAGCAGCGGUGGUAACUCAGGUCUAAGAGUCGGUUUCUACUCGUCAUCGUGUCCAAAUGCGGAGAGCAUUGUGCGAGCUGCCUUCUCUGGGAAUUUUAUUACCGAUCCAACAGCACCCGCAGCUCUCCUUCGGCUGGCUUUUCACGACUGCCAAGUCGGGGGUUGCGACGCGUCCAUCUUGCUCGACUCGAAAGGUUCCAUCAAAAGCGAAAGAGACUCGGACAAGAACUUUGGCAUCCGCCGCUUGGAUUUCAUCGACAGGAUCAAGUCGAUGCUGGAGGCCGCCUGUCCGGGAGUCGUCUCGUGCGCGGACAUCAUCGUUCUGGUGGCCAGAGAAUCCAUCGUCUUCACCGGAGGCCCGACCAUCCCCGUGCUCACAGGAAGAAGAGACGGCACAGCCGCUUCCAACGCCGCAGCCGACAGGCUCUUGCCUCCAGCAACCGUAAGCGUCGACAACUUCAUCAGCCUCUUCGCAUCCAAGGGCCUCUCUCUGGACGAAAGCGUUGCAAUCAUCGGAGCUCACACAAUUGGAGUCGGGCACUGCGUCAACAUUGUGAAUCGGCUCUAUCCAAACCAGGACAGUAAGAUCGGCCUCCUGUUUGCGAGCCGGCUGAGAGUCCAGUGCCCGACGGCCAAUCCCCGGAUGCUCAACAACAUUACAGUGAUCAACAACGAUAUGACCAACCUCGUCUUUGACAACCAGUACUUCCGGGACCUUAUGAACGGGCAGGGGCUCUUCACCAUCGAUUCGGAGCUUGCGCUGGACAGCCGCACGUCGCCCGUGGUAGCGCGCUUCUCCACGAACCAGCAGCUCUUCCUCGACACAUUCUCUUCGGCUUUCGUCAAGCUCACGUCCAGCAAUGUCUUGACGGGACAGAGUGGACAGGUUCGAAAGUACUGCCACUCGGUGAACUAGAUUUAUAGAGUAUUAGCAGACGCCAUUUUGGAUGUU